CAUCAAUGAUAAAAUCAAACUUUUCAACACAUAAGUCAUAAAACAUUUCAAAUAUUUAAGUCUAAAAACAACUACAAACAUAAAAAUCCACCAUUUGGAGCUUCCAAUGAUAGUAUUUCGGUCGGAAAUUUGUAAAUGCGGUUUGGUUGAAAGAACCCUGAUUUCCGAACUAUCCAUAUUUUCCUUCCGAAUUCCGAACCGAAUAACAUUAAUUCGGUUUCGGUUCAGUUCGGGUUUACCGAACCGUUUGCCCACCCCUACUGCUUUGUUUUGUACUCUGGCCGCAAGACAUUCACCGAUCAAAAUCAGUGUGAGGAAAUCAAAUUCAAAGUUACCGUUGUACUUUAUUCGUAAAUCAGAAAAUGAAAUCCAUGUUACACUUUCGGAUUGGGGCAGAGCAUUCAAGAAUUUCGCCCUAAACACAACGGCUACAUUCUCGCGCUGGUGAUUCCCGCAGCCCAGGCCUAGUUAACGAACAAGCCACCGAUUCCUCUUCACCGAAUCGAUUGAAGAAUGGGAGAAGACCACAGCAGCGCCGUCGAAGCUCCGCCGCCUCAACGGAGACCGAGAGUGAGGGAGGUCAACUCUAGGUUCAUGACUCCCGCGGCGACCUCCUCCACUUCCUUCUCCCCUCUCCCGCAGCAGCACCAGAGAUCCACAUCCGUACACAAGCAACGCCGCCGUCUCGAAUUGGAUAAGGACUCCUCCGCUGGCAACUCCGCUUCUCCAACAGUCGCCGCCGCCGUCAAACUUUUCAAGGAAAACGCAAACGGCGAGAGGCAGAAUCCGCGAUCUCACCACCACCGCCGCCCCGACACUCCCAUGGCAACCGCUCCUCCUCCCACAUCGAGACGCUUGCCGCAUCAUCGUCCCUCCAACGCCGUUACGCACUCAGCUGCCGCCAAAUUGCUUCAGUCCUCCACCGGCAUGUCAUCGUCGUUGUCGGUCAAUCUCUCUGCCAAUCCCAAUUCCGGCCCAACCGAGUCUCUUCCGGACCUUCACUCUUCGUGGGCCACCGUCUCCGGUAGAAUACUGACGGAGAGAAACAUAAACACUCUCUCCGGGCCGGAUGACGACGGCGCCGCCGCGAGUACAACAACAUCAUCAUCUUCUUGGAAAUUCCCUGCUUCGCCUUGUUCCCUCUCUCUCGAUUUACAACGAUCGUCCUCUGAAAACCCUUCAUUCUUUCACUCGCUAAGAGGCUCGGAGAAAUCAGCCAAGAUUGGGGGUUUUGCUCUGCCUCCAGUUCCUCACGCUAAGGUCCUAAGCGAUGCUAAUGCUUCGAGAAAGGGAAGAAAAGCCUCUGGUCAGCAAGAGGGAUUUCACUCUAUGAAAAUGAUUCACAACCGUUACUUGCAGUGGAGAUACGCCAAUGCCAAAGCCGAGGCUUCCUCGCAAGCCCAGAGUAGAGAAGCCGAGAUGAAGUUGUAUUCCCUUGGUUGCAAGAUAUCCGGGUUAUACAAGUCGGUGACAAAGAAAAGAAUUGAGCUUGACCGUUUGCAGCGAAUGGAAGCUCUAUCCACAGUCCUGGAGACUCAGAUGCCAUAUCUGGAUGAAUGGACAACAAUAGAAGCAGAUUGUAAGGUCUCUUUAUCGGAGACGGCUCAAGCUUUAGUAAACGCCUCAAUCCAGCUUCCCGUCGUUGGGAAUGUCAAGGUUGAUGCAAGAGAGUUGGCAGAGGUAUUGAAGUCUUCAGGGAAGUUGAUGGAAUCAAUUGCUUCGCACAUAGAAAGAUUUCUGCCUGAGGCUGCAGCAACUGAAACACUGGUAUCAGAAUUAGCUAGGGUGAGUGGAGGAGAGAUAGCUCGCGUUCAAGAAUGUGGAGAUCUCUUGUCUCUGAUGCAUAAAUCACAGAUGGAGGAGUGCAGUGUGCGAGGCCAAAUAAUCCAGGUUCGCCAAAAGCUGACUACUGCUGCUUGACGAAGCAAAGUGGCAUGCAUGUAUUGCUGCUGUCUUGAACAAAAAUGUGGAAGAGGAUAUAAACUAUAUAGCUUGCUUGAUCGGUUUGAUUUUGUUUGUAUUUGCUUUAGAGCCAUCAUUCUUUGAGAAAAUAAACUUAAAAUGAUCUCCUUGAGUGUUUGUCUAUAAAUUGCAUCGGCUCACAAUGGAGUGACAUGCAGCAUGCUAAAAGAAUCAUGUACUUUCGUUGUACAAUAAUUUUCUGUGCAAGUUGCAACUGCUUGAGAUCUCCUUUGUUGUUGUUAUUAGUAUUCACUAUAAUCAAUAUCCGCGGCUACGCCGAUAGAAUUAAAAACACAAUAGCAUGGUCGUAUUGAAUUUCAUAGUUAAUUAGUAUGAGGCUUAUGUUAAUAUAUGUGUUUGUGAUGGUAAUAAGAAUAUGAAGGCGAU